GGUGUCGUUCAAUAUUUUAGUUUGUAUUGGAUGGUGGUUAUGUUGAUGGAUAUGGUGGUGGUGGUGGGCACAGACAAGAGUAGAAUUCAUUAAAUUAAUUCUAUAAAUUAAAAGUGGUGGGCCCGUACUACCUACUGGAUAUAAUACCUAUAAAUUUAUGAUUUAUCAAAACCACAAGAUCAUUACAAAUAUAACGUGACGAAAAAAUUUCCAUUUGUUACUUUCGUCACCUUUUGUAUUUCACUGAAUCAUUUAACAUAAGUACUGUAAUUACUCAAAAUGUGGUUCAAUGAGAAGUUUACAGUAAUAUCUUUUUUUACGUGUUUCAUAUAUGGUAGUUGCUCUAUUUAUAAGAAUUUAAGAUACUUCGAGACUUUACAUGCUUCAAGUUUUACACAUCAUAUAGAAAAAAGAGGUGCAAAAUUGUCUAACCAUCCAUUUAAUACUAUCAAAGAAUUACACUUCAAAACUCAUGGUAAACAGUUUCGUCUGAUUCUACAUCCGCACAGUUCUGUGUUACAUUCCAAUUUCAAGGCUUAUGAAGUUGACGGUGAUGGAAAAGAGAGUACAGUUCAUGUUGAUCGUGAUAACUUCUACACUGGUAGAGUGUUUGGAGAAAUUACCUCAGAUGUAAAGUUGCACAUGGAAAAUGGCAUGAUUACAGGUGCUAUUCACCUGCCAGAGGACACUUACCAUAUAGAGCCAUCUUGGCGCCAUUUGCCUCACUUGGAUGACGGAACCAUGAUAACAUAUCGCUCAUCAGACAUAAAAUUCAGUUGGUCUGACACUCCCCAUGACCACGCCAAGCCUCGUGUGUGUGGCUAUGUCAAAGAUGGAUAUGGAUUGGAUACAGAUGAGGAACAUGAGGAAGAACCAGAAAUAGAUUUAGAGCAGCAACAAGAGCAAUUGGAAAAAUAUAAAUAUUUGAAUCAGUCUUUAUUUACUGAGAAUGGAUCAGUAAAGGCGCAGCGUGUGAAAAGGCAAAGUGACUAUGAAUACACGCCCACCAAGACCAGGUGUCCUUUGCUGCUCGUGGCUGAUUAUAGAUUCUUCCAGGAAAUGGGAGCCAGUAACACGAAAACUACCAUCAGUUAUUUGAUAAGUCUCAUUGACCGUGUGCACAAAAUAUAUAAUGAUACUGUUUGGCAAGACCGUCAGGACAUGGACGGGUUCAAAGGCAUGGGGUUCGUGAUAAAGAAGAUCCUGGUGCACUCGGAGCCGACGCGCGUGCGCGGUGGCGAGGCGCACUACAACAUGGUGCGGGAGAAGUGGGACGUGCGGAACUUGCUCGAGGUAUUCAGCCGCGAGUACUCGCACAAGGACUUCUGCUUGGCUCACCUGUUCACGGACCUGAAGUUCGAGGGCGGAAUCCUAGGGCUCGCGUACGUCGGCUCGCCGCGCCGGAACUCCGUGGGCGGCAUCUGCACGCCCGAGUAUUUCAAGAACGGCUACACGUUAUACCUGAACUCUGGUCUGAGCUCGUCGCGCAACCACUACGGGCAGCGCGUGAUCACGCGCGAGGCGGACCUGGUGACGGCGCACGAGUUCGGCCACAACUGGGGCUCCGAACACGACCCCGACGUGGCCGAGUGUUCGCCCGCCGCCUCGCAGGGCGGCUCCUACCUCAUGUACACCUACAGCGUCAGCGGGUACGAUGUCAACAACAAGCGUUUCUCACCGUGCAGCCUGCGGUCGAUCCGCAAGGUGCUGCAGGCUAAGUCCGGGCGCUGCUUCUCGGAACCCGAGGAGAGCUUCUGCGGGAACUUGCGCGUUGAGGGCGGCGAGGAGUGCGACGCGGGGCUGCUGGGUACCGAGGAUAAUGACAUGUGCUGUGAUAAAAAUUGUAAGCUGAGAAGGGGUCAGGGAGCUGUUUGCAGCGACAAGAACUCCCCGUGCUGUGCGGGCUGCGUGUUCGCGCCGCCCGGCCUCGUGUGUCGCGAGGCGGCGCACUCCGCCUGCGAGGGCGAGGCCAUCUGCAACGGCGUCUCCGCCGACUGCCCCAAGGCGCCGGCGAUCGCGGACGAGCACGAGUGCGCGGAGCGCGGCCGCUGUCGCAACGGCAGCUGCGUGCCCUACUGCGAGACGCAGGGGCUCCACAGCUGCAUGUGCGACAUAGUGGCGGACGCGUGCAAGCGCUGCUGCCGCAAGUCGCUGAACAAGACUUGCUUCCCGGUGGCGCUCGCCGACAUCCUGCCCGACGGCACGCCCUGCAUACAGGGCUUCUGCAACAAGGGCGUGUGCGAGAAGACGAUUCAGGACGUGGUGGAGCGGUUUUGGGACAUCAUCGAGGACAUUAACAUCAACAACGUGCUCGGGUUCCUGCGCGACAAUAUCGUCGGCGUCGUCGUGCUCGUCACCGCGCUCAUAUGGAUCCCGGUCAGCUGCAUCAUAAGCUACGUGGACCGACGACGACAAAGUCAGUACCAGAAGCGAUCUGACUGGGAGAGAAGCUCGGAUUACGUUUACUCUUCUUCUCCGCAGAAGAUUAUUUGUACCAGGUUGCCAAAGCAGCAGCCUCCUGGAAUGAACAGAAACCAUCCACAGUGAAGAAAACUAAAAGCAAAUCAGUUAUGACUGAUUUUCUAUAUCUAUGGAUAUAGAUAACUUUUGUUAAGUGUAAU